AUGGGUCAACAACUAGCUCAUAACGCGUAUCAAAUUCAUUCGUUUGCUAGUGAUAGUAGAUUAUACAAUCUUGUUAUAAACAUUGAUACACAACCAACUACAUUAUUUGAUGGUCAAACUACACCAAUCACCUCAUGA